GGUAAGCCGCUUUGAGCUGAGAGACAGAGAGAUCGGCCGCGAUCGCCGCCCUCGUGUUCCCGCCCGCCUUGCGUGGCCAAUGAUAUCGAAUCAUUCUCCCCGCGCUAGCCAAGCCGCGAUCCCGGUCACCAAGCGAGUGGAAGAGCAACAGAAGGCAGACGUGGGCAAACGAGCGCUCAGGCGGCUGCGGCGGCGAUCUAAGGCGGCAGACCGAUCUGGAGAGCCCGAGAGGCGUCGGCUGGUCCACGUGGAAAGCGUGGAGCGCGAGUGAAAGCUUGGCAGGGAGGCACGCCGCCGGAACACGCGAAAACCGUAGCAACCGGGCCAGCGGUGGAGAGUGAUCAGCGCGCCCCCCUCCACCCACCCAAUACGCAUCCCGCUAGAUCUGGGUGAAGCGCCCCCUUCCCACUGUAAGAAAAGGGCAGGGGAAACCAUCCCGCCCCCUCCCCUUCUUUUCCCAGCCCCGUUGCUGCUGCCGUGCGGAAUCCCCAGGCCCCUUCACACGUUUGCUAAGCUUCUUGGGGCUCCUGACUCUCUGGAUGUUGAGUCCCAUUAUGGGCGAGCAUCAGACCCACAUCAACAGCCUCUUCCUGAAUGAGGAGACAUCUAAGCCGCUUGAAUCGGGGAGCCGGGUGCAUCGCUUCCGCCAUGCCCUGGAGAAGCGGGCAGCACAUGCCAGGAAGCAAAUGUACAACAUCACUCGAGAGAGCGUCAAGGGCUUCUUCCAGAGAAAUGCUUUUGUGCUACUCACCAUCUUGGCCGUCCUGCUGGGGAUUACUCUGGCCCUCGCCCUGCGGCCGUAUCGGAUGACCUAUCGCCAGAUCAAAUACUUCUCCUUUCCUGGAGAGCUGUUGAUGCGAAUGCUGCAGAUGUUGGUUCUUCCACUAAUCGUCUCUAGCCUUAUCACAGGCAUGGCAUCCUUGGACAGCAGUGCUUCUGGCAAGAUGGGUUUGCGUGCUGUCAUUUACUAUAUGAUGACAACCAUCAUCGCCGUCUUCAUUGGAAUCUUUAUGGUCCUCGUCAUCCAUCCAGGAAAAGGGAGCAAGAAAGGUCUCCAAGGGGAGAACAAGUAUGACCAGAUCCAUGCAACUGAUGCUUUCAUGGACCUCAUCCGGAAUAUGUUUCCACCCAAUCUUGUAGAAGCCUGCUUUAGACAGUAUAAGACUCAAUACAGUGUCCGGGUUAUCAACAGAACGGUUGUGAGCAACACUUCUUCUGCGGCCAUGUUGCCACAGCACCCAAACCGGGAUACCAACAGCAGCGGUUUCAACUACAAUGCCACCAUGGCCACUUUGCCUCUCCUGCCACUUGAAAAUGCUUUGGGAGUCUGGAAUAAUGUCACUAAAGCUCUAGGGAGCUUCCCGGAAGUGCUGAACUUUGAGGAGGUCAUCCCCGGCCCAGGUUCUGUCAACGGGGUGAACGCCCUUGGCCUCGUUGUCUUCUCCAUCUGCUUUGGCCUGGUGAUUGGCAACAUGAAGCAAAAGGGACACCCCCUGCGGGAGUUUUUUGACUGCCUCAAUGAAGCCAUCUUGCGGAUGGUGGCGGUCAUCAUAUGGUACGCCCCUAUUGGGAUCCUUUUUCUGAUCGCUGGUAAGAUUUUGGAGAUGGAGGACCUGGCAGUGAUGGGAGGCCAAUUAGGCCUAUACACACUCACAGUUAUUGUGGGACUCCUGAUCCAUGGCCUCUGUGUCCUCCCACUCAUCUACUUCAUUGUCACACGCAAAAACCCCUGGAUCUUCAUGGCUGGCCUCCUACAAGCCCUCGUUACGGCUUUGGGAACAUCUUCCAGCUCAGCCACACUCCCUGUCACAUUCCGUUGUCUGGAGGAAAACAACAGGGUGGAUAAACGAGUUACCAGGUUUGUUCUGCCGGUGGGAGCAACUAUCAACAUGGAUGGCACUGCACUUUAUGAAGCUCUGGCAGCCAUCUUCAUUGCCCAGGUCAACAACUACCAGCUUGACUUCGGUCAGAUCAUUACUAUUAGCAUUACUGCCACGGCAGCCAGUAUCGGAGCUGCUGGCAUUCCGCAGGCGGGCCUAGUGACCAUGGUAAUCGUGUUGACGUCUGUCGGAUUGCCAACAGAGGACAUCACUUUGAUUAUGACUGUGGACUGGUUCCUAGACCGUCUCAGAACCACCGUCAAUGUGCUGGGGGAUUCACUGGGUGCUGGUGUUGUAGAGCAUCUGUCUCGCCAUGAGCUGGAGAUGCAGGAUGCUGAGCUCAGCAACUCAGUCCUUGAAGAGAAUGAAAAACCAUACCAUCUAAUAUACCAAGAGAAUGACACCCACAAGCACCUCAACAGUGAGACACCAAUGUGACUUGGAGGAGCGGAGUAUUGUCGGGAUAGGAUCUGUAAAAUGUCACAACUGUGAAGCGCUAGAGAAGCAAGAGCCAGCCACAGUCCUCCCACAAACUCUCAGCAACUUCGUUUUCCCCUGUUCCCUGUCACCAGAAAAUAAGGAAUGUUUUUUCUAGAACGGUGAUUGUGCUCCUACAAUCGUGAUUUGACAAUAAGAGUUCGACCUCGGCUGUCCCGCCUCUUAACCACAGCUGGUAGUAUCCUGCACCAAGUCAACUCCACAUUUCCUUGCCAAGAAGAUAAACUUUGAACAUAUUGUGCUGUGCCAUAAAGACCAACUAAUUUAAAUCUUGUAUUACAAUUUUACCGAUUGUGCUCAUUUUUUAAUUUUUUUUUUAGCACUUGAAAAAAAUGCAGCCAAAUAAUAUAUAUAUAUAUAUACAUAUGAUGCUAUAUUGGUAUGGAAAAUGUUUAUUUAUGAGCAUCAUUAAAGUGGAGAAUUAUGUACAGCCUGUGUUUUUAAAGAAAUUGAUAUGUGGAACUUGUUGCUGCUUUAUUACAAUUGAACGUUAUAUGUAGUCCCUGUUUAGCGACUCUUUGCAGUUGCAGUGGUGAUGGAAAAUUAACUUUGUGACUAGUCCUCACAUUUAUGACCUUUGUAGGGGUCCUUUACCUUUGUAAAGCUGAAGUAAAGAUUGUAAGCACAAAGGAAAACUGAAGUAAUGGUCAUAGGUACAGUUGCAGUUUCACUUAGCAACCUGUUUGUUUAACAACUGAGUUGCCAAUCCCAAUUGUGGUCACUAAAUGAGGACUGCUUGAACUAUAGUAUCAUGUCAAUGCUUAUUUGCUUUUGUCUCCUUAUUGGUUAAUUGUUCAGAACACAGUAGCUUUGUUUAUCAACCCAAGAUGCAUAUAGCUCAGUAUCUUCUUGUUUUUUUUAAAUACAUCGGUAACUAUUUUCAGACACAAAUAAGAAGGGGAGCCUCUCUUCUGUAGCUGCUCAUAGCAUCAGGACACAUAGCUUUGAAUUGUGACUGAUGGCUUUUGAUAGAUCUCUGCUCUCCCAGUUGUCUCAUAUCCUUUGAAAGCCACUGAAGAUACAGUCCUGUUGCCUCUUAGGCAAACCUCAGGACCUGGAUGACUCUGACUGAUCUCCAGUGUGGCAUAAGGACCAGUACACACUCCAGAACCCACCACGCUCCUGCCUUUUCAUAGAUGGAUUAAAAAAUCUCUUAAAUG